AAAGAAAAGUUUUCGAAUCCACUUGAACCUGUUCGAACAAGAUUUGCUCCCAGUCCAACUGGUUAUUUGCAUUUUGGAUCAUUAAGAACAGCCCUAUUCAACUAUUUAUUAGCAAAGGCUACAAAGGGAACGUUCAUUUUGAGGAUAGAAGACACUGAUCAAUCAAGAUUGAUACCAGAUGCUGAGCAAAAUAUAAUUAAAACAUUGCGUUGGUGUGGUUUGGAUUUUGAUGAGGGACCCACACAGGGAGGCAAUUAUGGUCCCUAUAAACAAUCUGAAAGAACCCAAAUCUACGAAAAAUAUAUUAAUCAGCUAUUAGAGAAUAAAAAGGUUUACAGAUGUUUUUGCUCAAAAGAAAGGUUGAAUGGACUUACUGAGUCUGCAAAACUCCUCCAACCACCUACAAAUGUCUCUUAUGAUAGACAUUGUGCUGACAUUUCAAUUGAGGAAUCCAACAAAAGAGCUCAAAAUAAUGAGUCCUACACCAUUAGGUUCAAAUCUCCCGAAAUCUAUCCAGUUCUUGAUGAUGUAUUGCAUGGAAAGGUCAACCUACAGCCUCAAGUUAAUUAUGAUGAUAGAAGAUAUGACGAUCCAAUCUUGAUCAAAUCAGAUGGACUACCAACCUACCAUUUUGCUUGUGUUAUUGAUGACCAUUUAAUGAAAAUCACACAUGUUAUUCGAGGUGAAGAGUGGUUGCCCUCAACCCCUAAACAUAUUGCACUUUAUAAAGCAUUUGGUUGGAAUCCUCCCAAGUUUGUUCAUGUUCCCUUGUUAACAACUCUUUCCAAUCGUAAACUAUCAAAGAGACACAAAGAUAGUGAUAUUCUUUCGCUCAAAAAUACUGGCUAUUUACCAGAAGCCAUAGUUAAUUUUAUUGCUUUGCUCGGUAGUGGUGUUUCCACUGUUGAAAAUAAUAUUCAUAAAGCCAAAGAUAUAUUGCCUUUAGACUAUUUGCAAGAAAAAUUCAAAUUAAACAAAUUAUCAAGAUGCAAUAUUAAAAUCGAACCAACUAAGCUUGAUUUCUUAAACAUUUUUUAUUUACGUGAA